CGAGCCCGAGGGUCACUGCGCUCUGGCUGCACCCACUGGACGACGACGCGCACACUCAUCCUUCUCGACGCUUCCGUUUUCGACAUUGUCUGCGCAACGACGGAGAACAGGACGGCAACAGACGACGACGAGGACGACGACCACGCUGUUUCUCGCGAGACUCGCACGCCAAACGCCAGCGUACGACGUGUGAUCAUCCCUCGAAAGCGUCCGCUGGCGCUUUCACGCAGGAGGCGGUGGGAGUGCGUACGGAGAGAAAAAAGUAGCUUGACGGCGCCGCCUCCCUCGACCGUGCGAGAGCCACGACUUGCUCUUCACCUCGCCUCUCUCUCUCUCUCUCUCUCUCUCUCUCUCUAGCUCGCUGCCGAGGCCUCGGCCAGAACUCUCCACCGUCGUCUACUCCACGCGCGGACACCCCGUUCCACCCCCCCGGUCCGUUUCGACUAUAACAGUUCCGCACAUAUAAGAACAUGCCGUCUCAGGACAAGUCACGGCAGAGCUCCGGCGGAAAGGGAAUUCUAGGCUUCAUUCGCAAGUCGGAGAAGCCUGGCGAGCACACCUACAACGACACAACCUACCCGUACGACGGCUCACGGUCGCCCUCCGCCCACGGUUCCACCUCGUCGCGCCAUUCGCACAAGAAUUCGAUUCACGCCAAUGAGCGGCCGCUUUCGCUGGGCGAGGACGUUUCUGGCUUGGGCAUGAACGCUGGUGUCAUCACGAGCAUACCGUACGAAAGCGUCGCCGGCGGCGACACCCCGCGACCCGUCGACCAUCUACCGCACAAUGAACCCAGCGUCCCGAGGAGGGAUCUUUCACCACAUCAUCUGAACAAGGGACUAGGCGGCAGCGACUUCCAUCAGUACCCAACCAUAGAUACCAGGAGCAUGGCGCCCCCUCGGCCGCCGCCGCAUCUGGGCCAUGCGACGACCAUGGCCGCGAGUCAGCCGGGUGAUCGCGGUGUCUCCAUGCAGUCGUGGGGCCCGGCUAGAACGAGCGCGGUGACCGUGACGGGGUUCAACAAUCAUACAGACAGCUAUUCAGAUCGCAGCACAUUCGCGAGACAGUCUUCGGAUCAGGCAAGCGUGUAUUCCUUCGACUCGCAGAACUCCGGCCGAAGUGGCGCCAGGGCGAUGAAUUCAAGAGAUGGCGGAAGCGAUGUUAGAGACCCCAAUUGGAACCCUAGCCCGUCGGCCAACACGCUACGGCAGCACCAGACGUACUCCAUGACGUCCGGGAAUCCAUCUUUGUCCACCACUUCAUUCUCGCCCGAGGGCUUCAGCCUUCAGCGACCGGCCGACGAUCGCAUCAUCGAACAAGCCUUCCACGACCUCAUGGUCAAGCGCGGAUGGAAAUCGCUGCCCGAGCAAGCCCGACGACAAAUGGAGGCUUACUCGAUCGCCAAGAAGUGGACGCUCGUGUAUCAGGAUCGGCUUGCUGAGUGGCAGGGCGAGCAGAAGAAGAGGCAGACCAACCGCUUCGGAUCCGACUACGGAGGCGGUGGAAGCAGCAACAUCUUGGAUCGCGCCCAUGAGGAGGGCAGCCCGGAGUGGUACGUGCGGAAGGUGAUGGACAAUUCGAUCACGCCAAAGCAACUGGGUAGUUUGAGCGUCAGUCUGCGCACGCAACCUAUCGGCUGGGUGAAGGCCUUUGUGGAGGCGCAAGGCCAAAUCGCGCUCACCAACGUACUCAGCAAGAUCAACCGGCGCAACGGUCCAGGCCAGCGUGGCUCACAGGUCGGUCCUCCGAACCAGGAGAAAGACUGGGACAGGGAAUACGACAUCAUCAAGUGUCUGAAGGCGUUGAUGAACAACAAGUAUGGCGCCGACAAUGCGCUGCAGCACGCCCAGAUCGUCAAUGCACUUGCCGGGUCCCUCAUCUCCCCUCGACUGAACACUAGGAAAUUGGUCAGCGAUGUGCUUACUUUUCUAUGCCAUUGGGCGGACGGACAGGGCCACAGAAGGGUCAUCCAAGCCUUGGACCACCUGAAGACGCAGAACAACGAGAAUGGCCGCUUCGAUGCUUGGAUGCGCUGGAUCGAGAUCACCAUCGAUGGCCGCGGCAAGAUGGGCAGUCUUGUCGGAGCAAGCAGCGAGGUGCGCUCCGGAGGUAUGGGAGUCGAGAACAUGCUCAUGGAGUACUCGGUCGUGUCGCUGCUGCUCGUCAACUCGAUCGUCGACACACCGGAGAAAGACCUGCAGCUGCGGUGCCACCUUCGUGCGCAGCUAACGGCUUGUGGCAUCGACCGCAUCAUGACCAAGAUGGAGGAGUUCCAGUACGAGGUGAUCGACAAGCAGAUCGAACAGUACCGCACUAACAAGGCGAUCGACUACGAGGACCUGCUCGAGCGCGACAACGCGUCCAUGGUCGAGAGCGUUGAGUCUGAGGGCAGAGACAUCAAUGAUCCUGUGCAAAUUGCGGAAGCCAUCCAGAGCAAGCUGCUCAACACCAAGGCGAAUGACUACUUCUUGUCCAUGAUGCAGCACCUCCUGUUGCUCAGGGACAACGACGCCGAGGACCGCCUGCGGACGUUUCAACUCGUCGAAGCUAUGCUGAGCUACGUCGUCAUGGAUCGCAGGCUGCCGGACAUGGACCUCAAACAAUCGCUCAAUUUCACGGUGCAGUCUCUACUCGACAAACUGUACACAGACUCAGAGGCACGACAGGCACGAGACGAUGCCAUCGCCGCGAAGCAAAUAGCCGACGCAGCGAUAGCUGAGCGCGACGAACUGCAGGCACAAGUGCAACUUGGCGCCGAUGGUCUGGUGGCGAAACUGCAGAAGCAGCUGCUGGAGAGAGACGAAGUCAUCGGGAUCCAACAAAGACAGCUAGAUGCCUUGAAGGCUGAGAUCGCGGAGUUGCAGCAGCUGCGCGCACAGGAGAUGCAACGAAACGAAUUGGAAACGCGGGAACUCUAUCUCAUGCUCCGCGAUGCGCAGGACGCCGCUGCGGCGCGCGCUGCCAAGGGAGGUGCUGAUGAAUCUGACAAAGACAACCUGCAGGCCCAAGGCAUAUUGGACAGGCAGAGACUUAUGGCGAGAUUGGAGAUGCAACUUGAGCGGGCCAAGACUCAGGCUAAGCUUGAAGGCAAAGUGUGGAAUCAAGUCACGCCGUCCGAUAAGCUACGUGAGCUCAGGGAGCAGAUGGACGGCGAGAUUGAAAACACUGAAGAGGAGCUGCGGAAGUACGGUGCGGCCUAUGAUGCGUCGGCUCUGGGCUCGGUUGCAGCGUCGAGGACGGGUUUGCGACGGAAACCUGUCGCAGCAGGCGGCGGCCAAUCUUCAUCGUCUACAGAGAACGUCGAGGUCGACGAGGAAGACGUCGGAGAAGUUGGCGAGAUUGCGUCGGCGCAGCCCAGCUUCCGUAAACCGAAGCUGAUCGAUGUCUCCAGACCGAACAGAGAGCAAGCCAACGGCAUGAACGGCGUGUUUAACGAGAUGGCGUCUCGCGUGAAGCGUUAUGAGGGCAGUGACGAGGAGAGCGUGGCAGACGGGCCUGGCGUCAGCUCCGGUACCACACAUUCAAGCCUGGAAGCCGAUUCGCCACGCACGCCGGCCGACGAUGCGAAUGGCCUUCCUGGUUUUGGAAGUGGUAAAGCCCCGUCGGCUCCGCCGAUGCCUGGAAUUGGAGCAGAUGGUGCACCUACACCACCUCCUUUGCCAGGCUUUUCGAAUAAUGCGCCUCCGCCUCCACCUCCACCACCGGGAAUGCCAGGCUUUGGCUCGUCAGCACCUCCUCCCCCUCCCCCUAUGCCGGGCAUGAAGGGACUGCCCCCACCGCCUGCGCCUCCUUUGCCCGGCAUGGGCAAGCGGGGCCCAGGCUUUUUGCCUAAGCCGAACCUUGACGCUGCGCUUGCUGCUCCAGCACUCGGCGUGGCAAGGCCAAAGAAGAAGCUCAAGGCUUUGCAUUGGGAGAAGGUCGACACACCACAAGUCACGAUUUGGGCAACGCAAGGCCAGUCUCUUGACGAGAGGGAGGAGCGAUACCGUGAGCUAUCGCGCAAGGGCAUUCUUGACGAGGUCGAGAAACUCUUCCUUGCGAAAGAGAUCAAACAGAUUGGCAAGGGUAGCGGAGCGAAGAAGUCGGAUAAGAAACAGAUCAUUUCGUCCGACCUCAUGAAGAACUGGCAGAUAUCGCUCGCCAAGUUCUCCAAUAAGUCCGUCGACGAAGUUGUGCGCAUGAUUAUUCAUUGUGACCGCGAAAUCCUGGACAACACCGUUGUCAUGGAAUUCCUGCAAAGGGACGAUCUGUGCAAUAUUCCCGACAACACGAGCAAGCUUAUGGCACCAUAUUCCAAGGAUUGGACGGGACCGAACGCGCUCAAGACCGAAAGGGAGCAGGAUCCCAACGAGCUGACAAGAGAAGACCAGCUCUACCUCUACACGGCGUUCGAGCUGCACCACUAUUGGAAGGCACGCAUGCGUGCCUUGAGCCUGACUCGUACGUUCGAGUCGGAGUACGACGAAAUUUCCGCGAAGCUACGCAAUGUGGUCACAGUAUCCAAUUCCCUACGUGACUCAGUCUCCCUUCUCAACGUGCUCAGCUUGAUUCUGAGCCUGGGUAACUUCAUGAACGACCCUAACAAGCAGGCCACGGGCUUCAAAAUCUCAUCUCUCUCCCGUCUCAACAUGGUCAAGGACUACGCCAACGAAACCACCUUUGCCGACUUUGUCGAACGCGCCGUGCGCGAGCGUUUCCCGGAGUGGGAGGACUUCGUGCACGACAUUGACGGCGUCGUUGCGGCUCAGAAGUUAAAUGUAGAUCAACUCAUUACCGACGCCAAGAAGUACAUUGACACGAUCAAAAACGUGCAACAAAGCUUGGACAUGGGCAACCUCUCCGACAGCUCCAAAUUUCACCCUGAGGAUCGGGUGUCGCAGGUUGUGCAAAGAAGCAUGAAGGAGGCGCGAAGAAAGGCGGAGCAGCUGUCCCUGUACCUAGAAGAGAUGCAGGGCGUGUACAAAGACAUCAUGACCUUCUUUGGCGAAGAUCCCACGGAUGAGAACGCGAGAAGAGUGUUCUUCAAGCAGUUUGCCGACUUUGUCGGAGAGUGGAAGAAAUCGCGCGAGAAGAACAUCGAACGAGACGAAACGAGGCGCCGCAACGAGGCGAGCAUGAAGCGGAAGGCCGGUCUUACUUCCCCUACGGCGCUAUCGGAUGGUGGAAGUGCACCACAGAGUCCUAGCACGACCGGCGACAUGGACUCCUUACUUGCCAAACUUCGCGCUGCAAAGCCCGAGGCACGAGACCAGCGCGAACGUAGAAGGCGUGCGCGUCUCAAGGAUCGUCAUGCCGUGCGGGUGGCCUCUGGUCAGAAGAUGCCGGACAUGUCGGAGUUGGUCAACGACGCCAAGGCCGAGAAUGGGCUGUUGAGUCCUGUAAAGAGCGAGGCGGGUAGCUCCGCAGAUGGCGACAGACCUCUUUUGAGCCCCGGCUUGACGGAGAUCAAUGACGACGAGGAUCUCGGCACGCAGGCCGAAAAAUUGUUGGAAGGUCUAGGCGGCGGAGACGAUGAUAAGAUCCCGGCACCGAGGGAAAGCAUUCGCAUGAGCCGCCGGCGGAAAGAGAAUGCUUCAGACGAGCGAGCGCAGAGGCGUAGGAGAAGGCAAUUGGCAAUGUCUGCGUCGGAAGCGAGCUUGGAGAACCACAUCCGCGAUUCAGCCAUCAGCGAGAGCGUGGAGAGCAUGGAAAACAACGAGAAAGACAAAAACGUCAUACCCGAGGAGGAAGAAGACGAAGGCGGGGAGACCCCUCGACCGAACAAAACGAAAGACGUGGACAUAGACGAUGACACCAUCAUUGUCACACCGCCGAGUCCAGAAGUCAAGGCACAGGCGGACGAAACCGGUUAGACGCAUUAAUUUUCCCCGGUUAUUUUCCUCAGAUUUCAAAUUUCAAACUCUUUUGGACGGCGUGUAUGAAUACGCAGGACUACGGGGCGGCGUACUGGCAGGAGAUCUUGUGGCUGGGGGUGGUCACACUUCUUGAGGCAUAUUUUUGUAAUUUGCCGAUACUUCUUGUUGUAAUGAUUUGUUACAGGGCUUUGUCGGCGUUUGCGUGGAGCUGUCUCUUGCCAAUGCUGCUGCAGUGUUGCAUAGUUCCUCC